UCACACUGUGUUUAAUUGAAAUGUAUUGCUUGGAUCCAGUGUCCUGGACAUAGCCUCGUUCCUGUCCUAGCACAUUCUUACCCUCCUUUUCCCUCUUCCUUCCUGUAGCUAUUUUCCCGGGGGGUGAGGUGUGGUCUUGAGGAAACACUCUUCAGUUUUACCCUUUCUGUGAGGAUACUAGUUCCCUUUUCACUCAUUCCUCCAUAGUCUCUUCUAACUGAGGUGAGGAGUCAGAAUCUUCUUUGCUCCCUUUUGCUUUUCAGACAACCGUGCCUUCACCUCUACUCAAAACCCUGACCCCUCCUCCCUCUCUCAAUACCCAAGGUCAGUCUCAAGGCCAGGUCCUCCGUGAAGAAUUCCACCAUCCCUCCCUCCUCUUCUUUCUCAGUCCAAGUUUCCUCCUUUAGACUCUCAAAGCACUUAAGCUGUACCUCUCCAAUGGUAUUAUUUUCUUCGUUGAAGUGAAAGCAAAUUAUUGAAAGUGGUAUUGUUUACAAAAUGUCUGGCGCAUUGCAGGUGCUCGAGGUAGUAUCUCUUACUAUUAUUACUACUGUCUUAUCUCGAUCAGAUUCAGCUCUUUAAUGAGAGGCUCUAAAUCUUAUGUUCGAUUCACCUUUGUAACCCACAUCGGGCCUGGAAUAGAGCACUGUUCAUAAUUAAUGCUGUGCCCGCGUAAUAAGACGGCGGCGAGUAAAGGGCAUCAGUUCAGAAGAAGAGUGCUGUAAUGGUGGGCUGGGAGAAAUUCCUAGAACCUGGGUGGGAGCCAGAAUCUUGCAGAGAAGCCCCUUAUCCGUCUGCACCGAAAGCAGAUAGAGUGGAUGCCGUAAGAUUUCUAAGGACGCAGGUGGAGCGCCUUCUCUGUGCCGCGAUGAGGUAGGUGCAUCCGUCACUUCACUCCUCCCUCUCCACUUGAUCCGGAAAGGGAGGAACAGAAUGCGUCCCGCGCGGCGAUCUGGGAUAGCUGCGCAGGCGCAGCUUCCGGCUCUGUGUCUCGGGAAUUAUUUGACGCCACCGGUUCAGCCCCGCAGAAAGCUCUGAUUAGGCGCACUGCGCACGCGCAGUGGCCCACUUGGCUCGGGAGUUAUUUGACGCCGCCGCCCCUGGCAGUCGGAAGUUGCCUGAGCAGAUCCCAGCCGGCUGGCCCGACUGGCCUUCGUCGUCCCUUGGCGCCCUGGGAGAGUCGCUGACGGGUGGACUGACGGACCGCCUGAGGACAGCCGGCCAGGACGGUGAAAGCGCCAGCCCUAUGGCGCGGGUCGCGUGAGGCGGAAGGCCGAGGACGGCCGGCGGCGGAGCCCGCCCCGGCGAUGCGGGCCCCGCCCGUCGCCUCAGGUGCCAUUUGGAUUGUACUUUAGUGGCACGAUGUACUCUGAGUGGAGGUCACUGCAUUUGGUGAUUCAGAAUGAUCAAGGCCAUACCAGUGUGCUGCACAGCUAUCCAGAGAGCGUUGGACGAGAGGUGGCAAAUGCUGUAGUCCGUCCUCUUGGGCAGGUGUUAGGUACCCCUUCAGUGGCUGGUAGUGAGAGUUUGUUAAAAACUGACAAAGAAGUAAAAUGGACCAUGGAAGUCAUUUGCUAUGGACUGACCCUUCCAUUGGAUGGAGAGACUGUAAAAUAUUGCGUCGAUGUAUAUACAGACUGGAUUAUGGCUUUAGUGUUGCCGAAAGAUUCUAUUCCAUUGCCAGUUAUUAAAGAGCCUAAUCAAUAUGUUCAAACUAUACUAAAACACCUACAAAAUCUUUUUGUACCAAGACAGGAACAGGGUUCCAGUCAGAUUCGACUAUGCUUACAGGUCCUGAGAGCCAUUCAGAAACUGGCUCGUGAGUCAUCUCUCAUGGCCCGAGAAACCUGGGAAGUCUUACUGUUGUUUCUUCUGCAGAUUAAUGACAUACUUCUGGCCCCACCAACUGUUCAAGGUGGCAUUGCUGAGAAUCUAGCAGAGAAGUUGAUUGGUGUUCUCUUUGAGGUGUGGUUACUAGCUUGUACUCGGUGCUUCCCAACACCUCCUUAUUGGAAAACAGCCAAGGAGAUGGUGGCUAACUGGAGGCAUCACCCAGCAGUGGUGGAGCAGUGGAGCAAGGUCAUUUGUGCACUCACUUCCAGAUUGCUACGCUUUACAUAUGGUCCUUCAUUUCCUCCAUUUAAAGUUCCCGAUGAAGAUGCCAGUCUGAUCCCUCCAGAAAUGGAUAAUGAGUGUGUUGCACAGACAUGGUUUCGCUUUUUACACAUGUUAAGUAAUCCUGUGGAUUUGAGUAACCCAGCUAUUAUAAGCUCUACUCCCAAAUUUCAGGAACAGUUCUUGAAUGUGAGCGGAAUGCCGCAAGAAUUGAAUCAGUAUCCCUGCCUUAAACAUCUGCCUCAAAUAUUUUUUCGUGCCAUGCGUGGAAUCAGCUGUCUGGUGGAUGCGUUCUUAGGUAUUUCUAGACCCCGAUCAGACAGUGCUCCCCCAACACCCGUGAAUAGAUUAAGUAUGCCUCAAAGUGCUGCUGUCAGUACCACCCCACCACAUAACCGGAGGCACCGGGCUGUUACUGUGAAUAAGGCCACCAUGAAGACAAGCACAGUUAGUACUGCUCAUGCCUCUAAAGUUCAGCACCAGACGUCCUCCACCUCUCCUCUGUCAAGUCCAAAUCAGACUAGUUCAGAACCCCGGCCACUGCCUGCCCCUCGGAGACCAAAGGUUAACAGCAUCUUGAAUCUCUUCGGAUCAUGGUUAUUUGAUGCAGCAUUUGUUCACUGUAAACUUCAUAAUGGGAUAAACAGAGACAGCAGCAUGACUGCCAUUACAACACAAGCUAGCAUGGAGUUUCGACGGAAAGGGUCACAAAUGUCCACAGACACCAUGGUUUCCAAUCCUAUGUUUGAUGCAAGUGAAUUUCCUGAUAACUAUGAAGCAGGAAGAGCUGAGGCUUGUGGGACACUGUGUAGGAUUUUUUGUAGCAAGAAGACUGGAGAAGAGAUUCUGCCAGCUUAUUUAUCCAGAUUUUACAUGCUUUUAAUUCAAGGUUUGCAGAUAAAUGAUUAUGUGUGCCAUCCUGUCUUGGCCAGCGUUAUUCUAAACUCUCCUCCUUUGUUCUGCUGUGACUUGAAAGGGAUUGAUGUUGUGGUUCCUUACUUUAUUUCAGCUCUUGAAACCAUUUUGCCUGACAGAGAACUCUCAAAAUUCAAAAGCUAUGUAAAUCCAACAGAAUUGCGAAGAUCCUCCAUUAAUAUCCUGCUUUCUUUGUUGCCCCUCCCUCAUCAUUUUGGCACAGUCAAAUCUGAGGUGGUCCUGGAAGGAAAGUUUAGUAACGAUGACAGCUCUUCUUAUGAUAAACCAAUAACUUUUCUGUCCCUGAAGUUGAGACUUGUGAAUAUAUUAAUAGGUGCCUUGCAAACUGAAACAGACCCCAACAACACCCAAAUGAUAUUAGGGGCAAUGUUAAAUAUUGUUCAAGAUUCAGCACUUUUGGAAGCCAUUGGUUGCCAGAUGGAGAUGGGUGGUGGAGAAAAUAACCUGAAGAGUCAUAGUCGCACCAAUAGUGGUAUUAGUUCAGCAAGUGGCGGAAGCACGGAGCCCACGACUCCCGAUAGUGAGAGACCUGCUCAAGCUCUCUUAAGAGAUUAUGCUCUUAAUACAGAUUCAGCUGCUGGGCUCCUGAUUCGCAGCAUUCAUCUCGUCACCCAAAGACUCAACUCCCAGUGGCGCCAAGACAUGAGCAUAUCACUGGCAGCUCUAGAGCUCCUCUCUGGCCUUGCAAAGGUAAAAGUGAUGGUUGACUCAGGAGACCGGAAGCGAGCCAUCAGUUCCGUGUGCAGCUACAUUGUGUAUCAGUGUAGUCGGCCAGCUCCUUUACACUCCAGGGAUCUGCACUCCAUGAUAGUGGCAGCUUUUCAGUGUCUCUGUGUCUGGCUGACAGAGCACCCUGAUAUGCUUGACGAAAAGGACUGCCUUAAGGAAGUACUGGAGAUUGUGGAACUGGGUAUCUCAGGAAGUAAGUCCAGGAACAGCGAGCAAGAGGUCAAGUACAAAGGAGAUAAGGAGCCAAACCCUGCAUCUAUGAGGGUAAAGGAUGCUGCUGAAGCCACCCUAACAUGCAUUAUGCAGUUGCUCGGCGCAUUUCCUUCACCUAGUGGUCCUGCCUCUCCUUGUAGUCUUGUGAAUGAGACCACUUUGAUUAAAUACUCCAGGCUGCCAACCAUAAACAAGCAUAGUUUCCGGUACUUUGUCUUGGAUAACAGUGUCAUCCUGGCAAUGCUGGAACAACCUCUUGGAAAUGAGCAGAAUGAUUUUUUCCCCUCUGUUACUGUGCUGGUCCGGGGAAUGUCUGGAAGACUUGCUUGGGCACAACAGCUUUGUCUUUUACCCAGAGGAGCAAAAGCAAAUCAGAAGCUUUUUGUGCCUGAACCUCGCCCAGUUCCUAAAAAUGACGUUGGAUUUAAAUAUUCUGUGAAACAUCGGCCAUUUCCUGAAGAGGUGGACAAGAUUCCUUUUGUGAAAGCAGAUCUCAGCAUUCCAGAUUUGCAUGAAAUAGUCACUGAAGAAUUAGAAGAGAGACAUGAAAAAUUAAGGAGUGGCAUGGCCCAGCAGAUUGCUUACGAAAUACACCUUGAGCAACAGAGUGAGGAGGAAUUGCAGAAGAGAAGUUUUCCUGACCCAGUUACGGAUUGCAAGCCCCCGCCUCCUGCCCAGGAAUUCCAAACAGCCCGCCUUUUUCUCUCACACUUUGGAUUUUUGUCCUUAGAAGCAUUGAAGGAACCUGCAAAUAGUCGUCUACCUCCUCACCUUAUUGCACUUGAUUCCACGAUACCUGGAUUUUUUGAUGACAUUGGGUAUCUGGAUCUCUUGCCAUGUCGUCCUUUUGACACAGUUUUUAUUUUCUAUAUGAAGCCAGGUCAGAAAACGAACCAAGAGAUUUUAAAGAAUGUGGAGUCUUCCAGAACUGUUCAGCCACAUUUCCUAGAAUUUUUGCUUUCCCUUGGCUGGUCAGUAGAUGUGGGCAGACACCCUGGUUGGACUGGGCAUGUUUCUACCAGCUGGUCUAUUAAUUGUUGUGAUGAUGGUGAAGGAUCUCAACAAGAAGAAGUGAUUUCCUCUGAAGAUAUUGGAGCCAGCAUUUUCAAUGGACAGAAGAAGGUGCUGUAUUAUGCUGAUGCCCUUACAGAAAUUGCUUUUGUGGUUCCUUCUCCUGUGGAGUCCUUAACUGAUUCAUUGGAAAGUAACAUCUCGGACCAAGAUAGUGAUUCAAAUAUGGAUCUUAUGCCAGGAAUUCUGAAACAGCCAUCCCUGACGCUUGAGCUUUUCCCCAAUCAUACAGACAAUCUUAAUUCCUCACAGAGGCUCAGUCCCAGUUCCAGAAUGAGGAAGCUGCCUCAGGGUCGCCCUGUUCCUCCCCUUGGACCUGAGACAAGAGUUUCUGUAGUCUGGGUGGAACGCUAUGAUGAUAUAGAAAACUUUCCCCUCUCAGAGCUGAUGACAGAGAUCAGUACUGGUGUGGAAACUACUGCAAAUAGUAGCACUUCACUGAGAUCUACAACUCUUGAAAAAGAAGUUCCUGUCAUCUUCAUCCACCCUUUAAACACUGGAUUAUUCCGGAUAAAAAUUCAAGGAGCCACUGGAAAAUUUAACAUGGUCAUCCCUCUUGUGGAUGGGAUGAUUGUCAGCAGGCGAGCUCUUGGCUUUCUGGUGAGGCAGACUGUAAUUAACAUCUGUAGAAGAAAGAGACUGGAAAGUGACUCCUACAGUCCCCCGCAUGUCCGCCGGAAACAGAAAAUCACCGACAUUGUCAACAAGUACCGGAACAAGCAGUUGGAACCAGAGUUUUAUACUUCACUUUUCCAGGAGGUUGGACUCAAGAACUGCGGUUCUUAGACCACUGAAUUUCUAAGAAUGUUGAACUCCAGUUUGGGAACUAUAAAACAGCAGAACAGUUUGAUAGGUGAUCACUGUAAAAAUAAAAACAAAUCACUCCCAAGAGCUUACUGUUUAAUCACCAGAAUAGAAGAAACACAUUAUAACCCAUUUGAUAGAAGACUUUGGGCUAUCUAGUGAAAUGGGCUCCCAGACACAAUCAUACUCCUGCUGAUAAUGAUGAUAUACAUUUUAGCCAUAAACUUUCUUUUAAAAGUGACAAUUUUAGUUAAACAUAAGCCUUUUGAGGAGAAAGGCUUUUAUGCAUCUCAGUUAAACACGUGCAUUGGUAGUAUCAACAAAUUUGCAAUAUAGAAGUUGAAGAUAGUUUUAUACCUCACUUUUUAGGAGGUUGUAUUCAAAAUUAAAAUCUUUCUCAGAAUCUUACAGGACAUUUAAAGACUCGUGUUGAUAGCAUGGAGGAGAAGGAAAGAAGUCACAGCCUUCUACUCACUUGUAGGUCCUCUUGUCAUCCAGCUGUCACACUGACAAAAAGAAAAGAUGAUACAUGUUUUUUGCUCAGAUAAGAAGCCUGACAUUAAAAGAUGUCAUAUUUUUUUCUCCAUAUUUCAAAAAGUUGUCCUUCUCAUCACUGCACAGAUCUGUAUGAAAGCCUCAGUUUCUGAGUGACCCAGGAACAGAUCAGAAAUGGAGCAUGGCCUUGUCCUUUAAUGGGGAUGCAAAUAAAGUUUGUGGGGUUAAAAGUUAUAAGACAACAGUGAUACCCCCACUCUCUCCAUUAUUGUCCAGCGGGGUGACAUAAUGACAGUUAACAUUUGUGAUUCAUUGAUUAAAUGUUAUUUAAAGAAAUGUAAAUUCACAAUAAGGGUUGAAAAUUAUUUGGUUUCAUCCAUUGUCUCUUAUUUCAGGACCAAGCAGCACACUGCAGUAGUUUAUGAAGGAUUCUAAUAUGGGGUUCAGGAAUAGCCUCUCAACGCUACUAAUUCAGAUCUCUCCCAGAGAACUACUGGAUUUCCUCAUAAUUGACAAACAUGAGUGACCACCUCUUUGGGUGGCUACUGUUAGAAAUGGUUGUUGUUGUCAUGUUUUCUGGACUUUGCCAGCCAACAGAUCCCUGCCAGGUUUUGGAAAUACUUCUGUUACCUUGCUGCUACUUUUCUGCAGGGAUAAAACUUUUGAGGUGGCCAGACCCAGAACAUCCAAGGAUUCCUGUUACAGUGCUACAGUAUACACUGCUCAUUUAUCCUGUUCUCAUGUGCUUUCUUCUUUAGUAAGAUUAUUUUAUGUUAAGAAAAUAAGUGAUAUUUAAAGUCCAAAGAGGAAUGAUCACAGUUGUAUAAGGAGUGUUUUCCCACUUGAACUCUGAUGUCAGUAGACUAUGGGUCAGAGCUACAACGAUCUGUUUGGUUUGAUGUUUUGGUGGUUUACUUAGGGAGUGGGGAUAGUGUGGGACCUAAUUCCCUGUGCAAAUGUCUCUUAUUCCAGAAAUGUGCAUUUUGCCAUCUAUAAGCAAGAAAUAUGGGCAUAGCAGCUCUUGGUUUAAAGUUUGCCAUAACCUGUUCUUCAUUUUUGUUUUAAGCUCAGGUGAAGAUAACCUCCUCUUUCUAUGACUCCAGUUUCCAUUCAGGUUGUAGUAUUAUUCAAUAGUUGAUUUUCUUUUUUAAGCUGGGCAAUAAAUUGAUGUUUCCAGAUGGUAGCAUGGGAGAGGGCAUAUGGGAUAAAGAUGAGCAAAUUCUACCCUAAAAAUGUUCUAAUAGUUCACAGGAAGAAGAUGAGGUUUAAUAACUUCCAAGGUAAUUCUAGAUUGACAUUUUGAGGGGAAAAUGGGCUCUUGUUCUAGUUGAAGUGAGCAGAGAAGGCUAUAAAUUAAUAUGUAACUUACAGCAUUCCAGAGGUUAAAAAUAACUGAUGUAGAUGUACUUCUUCAGUGUGAUUCUUCAGAUCAAACUUUUACCUUUGGCAUAGUUAAUUUCAGAAAAAUGUGCUGUGUGUGUGUGUAUGAGGGUUGGGCUUGCUGAUCCUUCAGUUAGCUCUAAUUUUUGGCAACUCCUUGUAAUUCCAAUGUAUUUGAUACAUGAACAAUCAUGUUGAAUGCAUUUGUGAUCUGGGAGACUCCCUUGUCUUCCAGGGAAGGAAGGGUGUGCAGCCCCUGAAGGCAUGAAACUCCCAGUGUGUACGGAGCCAGUGGAAUAUGGGAUACCCAUACCUUACCAGGCGCUGGUUCCUUCUGCUCAAAAUAACAUCUGCCCAAAGAGGGAGUGGGGAGAACCCUUCGCUCUUUCACUAGUAUGGAUUUGAGUUCGUGGUCACUAUUUUUACCCACCUGCCUGUGUUAAAAAUCACUUUGAGUAGAAUAGCGCUGGAGGAACCUAUUUAGCACCUAAUAUUAAUAUUUAGUAGUCCAUUGAUAAAUUUGCCAGCAGAUGUUCUAGCCCCUGGGGGGAAGCCAGGACCACUUUUGUCUGUGGCUUAAACUGUUCAGUUGCUAUAUCUGUUGGGUAUGCCAGGGGGUGGAUGAGUGUGGCAUUCUGUGAAGAGGAAGGUGGUAAGUAAGGUUGCCCUUCUACUACUGCCUUCUUAAGUUGCAGGAGGGAGCUUUUCUCCCCCCCUCUGGUUGGGAGCACUGAGGACAGUGAGGAGGGCUUUUACCUUGUUAAUCCUUUCCUUAUUUAGCUAGCUUUCCUUUUUGUCUAGGGCUUCCUCCUGAGACCCUUUUCCAUCCAUUGGGCCUUUGAAAGGACUAAUCAGACACACACACACACACACACACAUGCAUAUUCAUGCACAUUUCCUUCAUUUCCAGAUCCUUUAUUUCAGGGCAGCCCAUUUUCCUCUGGAUUCAUUGAUAAAUACAAGUACCCACACCUUUGGCCAGUAAGGUCAGUUACCUGCUGCAGGUUCUGUGAGGCCUUCAUGAACGUACCUUCUCCAUACACUAGGGAAGCAUUUGUCAGACUCUGCAGACUGGGUUCUAGAGAGGCAGAGUCUUUAAGAGUAUUCAUUUCUUCUGGAAGGUGGAGCUUUACCCAAAGUGGAAGUUAGCCUUGCUCAAAGACGUGUUUUGUGGUAGGCGGUAAAAAUAAAUAAAUAAAUAAAAAAUAAAAAAAGAAACACGUAUUGGAGGUAAUUUGACACUGCUGCUGGCAGUAGUUCUCUAUUCACCAUUUUAAAGCCCAUUCAGGUUCUCUCUUCCUGAAAAGAACUGAUUGCUGUGUUUACAUGAAAUGACAUUGGAGUCAGAUGGUCUGUUUUAAAGAUUUCCAUGACAGCCUCUUUUCCUGAGUUGGAGAGAUUGGAGGUGGUCCAUCCGUACGAUGUGGAAUCAAACGGUGGGUUUCUUAGUAGCUAAAGAAGCCGUGUACUUAUAGUGUUUUUCUCAGAAUAUCAACUCAUGUUCUUCAGAUGCUUUUCUUUUUCUAAUGGUGAGGGAAAAGGUAUAAUUUGGGAUUCCACAGUGCCUUGCAUAUAGUAGGCGCCCAAUAAAUACUUGUUGAAGCAAACCAAGUUUCCCAAGUCCUCAUCUCUUACAGUGGCCAAGACAUCUUUCUCCUCUGAAGGGCUUGGCAGUUGUGGCUAAAAAAUAAGCAGUAUCAUUAUUUGCUUGAAAUCAUAUAUACAGUUUGUAUGAAUUUCAGUAUGUUGCCAAGACAUGAUCUUUUUCUUAUUGUAUUUUCUGUAAAUAUUUCUGGCACUGAACUGUAAAGUAAAGGCAAAGUGUAAAUAUGAAGGCGUGCCCGUGCCCCUUGCCUCCUGUGUUUCAUCUUCGUCGGUUAGGGAAGAAGGUCCAGAGGUUUGUUUGUAUUUAUGCCGAUCCUUUGUCCAGAAGAAGCCCAUGGAAUAUUGAAUGUAAUACAUUUAGUCAAUUAAAUUUUAAGGAGAUUCUUAUC